AUGGGCAGCGGCUCCAGCUCAGCCAAGCCUCCGCCGGAAGUGAGCGUUCCCGUGGUGCCGCAGCCACGAGAACCCGAGCUUCAAGACCAGACUGCAGCUGGGCCCGGACAUCGUGCGGCCAGCCUUCGAAGAGUUCAGGCUGCACGCAAGGCACUUGUCGCGAUCCAGUGCCACCAAGGUGCGACGAGUGCAAGCCGUGGAAGCCCGGUUCGUGCGAAAGUUUCGAUGUUUCUGUGGAGCGGGAGCCGCAUGCUGGAGAAGGAGGUUGUGGCAUCAACCGUGGGAGAGCUCAUUCGCGCGGCCAGGGACACGCUGGAUGUAGAUGUUGAUGUGAUCUGUGAGGGUGUAGAACUGCAGCACAUGCCUGCAGAUCUUGGGCUGUACGAUGGCGUCUGCCGCUCGUUUCCUGCAACGCUUCAGGCAUAUGCUGCAGGAAGUACGGAGCGUGCAAAGUGGCUGGAGAACCUGUUGGAACUUCAAAUAGACUCAGUCAGACGGCUGGUGUAUGGGUGUUGGUGGGGUUCAAUCAACUUUGGCUGCCACAGUGAUUGCGAGACUCUCUUGAGUCGGAGCAAGAGCGCACAGAGAGCACGUAAGUCUCAUCCCGACGUUCCUGAGCCUGAGCCCGAGCUGGUCUCGCUUGUCCGAGAUCUCCAAGAAGAACUUAUAGAGUCGGUGGGACCAAAUGGGUUCAGUGCACUGGAGACCGCAAUCGAGAGUGGUGAUGCAAAUCUUUGCAGAAUUCUGGUCGAAGCCAGGGCAAAUCUGGAAAACUCCCUCGACCGAGCCCUUGUCAGGUUAGAUCAUGGCCAUGGACAGAAUGGCCAGAAUGGCCAGAAUGUUGAAGACGUCUGCAGGAUUCUUUGGCGUGACGGAGUUGAAAUUGAAUCCUUUGAGGCCUGGAAAUCCAAGAAGCCGUGGGAGCGCUGUCUGCGAGCCGCUGCUACAGGCUGCACUUGGCUGGUAAAGGACCUUCUUCAGAAAGAAAAGCUGAAGUUUGAAGAUGUGGUCUGUCCGCGAACCCAGUGGAAUUUGACUUUGGAGGCUGCACUAACAUCCAAUGGAUCUCUUAUGGAGCUUGCAAUGCAAAACGGCAAGAACGUCACGAAAUGCGAUAGAAGUGGCCGCAGUGCGCUCCACUACGCUGCCUUGCAAGGGGAUGAGCAGUUGCUGGUGAUGAUAGCAGAGGGCCUCGGCCAAUGCGCGUUGGAUCAUCUUGACAGCGCUGACGAGCUAGGCAGAACGCCUCUUUGGUAUGCUGCUGGAGGUGGUCAUGCCGCGGUUUGUUCUUGGCUUUGUUCUCGACGAUGUGAUCCUGCGAAGCGCGAUAUUGAAGGCACAAGUGCCUACUUUCAAGCCGUGUGUUCAUCUCGCAAUGAACCUGUGCUUGCAAGUCUUUUUCCUGGCAAACCUUGCUUGGUUCAGCAGUUUUUCGACUACACGGCGGAUGACAAAGGGUUGACGUUAUGGCAUGCCGCUGCCAUGACAAACGCCGUUUCUGCCGUGGAGUGGAUGGUCCAGCAUGCCGAAUCCCCUUCUGAUAUACUGUGUCGAGAGUCUAUGGAGGGCGACACACCGCUGCUCCGGGCGACCAUGGAAGGCCAUGCGGAAAUGGCACUCCUUUUGAUUGCGCUAAGGGCAGACCCUGGGCUGCGGGCCCCGGGUUCUCCCAGAGACUGGGCGGAAGUACUGCCCCUCCCCGAGCUGCAGAACACUUUCUGGAGACACAGAAACGAAAUUGCUGAUGCAGGAUGGGCGGUGCGAUGGAAUGCCUACAGACUCGCAGCAAAGCCUUGA